AUGCGAGAAGUCAUCAGGAUAGCAAGACGAAUGGUAUCAACAUUACAAAAAUUCCCGUUCGAGACUCGAAACGGCGAACACUAUUUUGCACAGCAUCCGAAUGCAUAUUACCAGCGGAAAAGAAGCGGCUACCAGGGUGUGACAUUCGAAAACCAGGCCAAAUUGCCGUCUUUACCCGUUCCCGAGCUCGAAGAGACGUUGCGGAAGUAUAUCCAAACCAUUAGACCUUUUUGCCAGACUCGAAAUCAAUUGGAAGAACAAAAGGCGCUAUGCGCAAAAUUUGCGCAAGACGAGGGCCCCGAGUUGCAGCAACGACUCACUAGGUUCGCGGCAGAGUCCAGAAACUGGCUUUCACGAUUUUGGGAUGACCAAGCGUACCUCGAGUAUGACGACCCAGUAGUACCCUACGUGUCAUAUUUCUACGCUCACAAACCCUUGCCUAACUCCCACGCAAAGAUUCAAUCCGAUCCCUUAAUCAAAGCAACCGCGAUUAUAGUUUCGGUCUUACGGUUUCUUGAGGCUAUCAAAGAUGAGGCUUUGCCUGCGGAAAUGAUCAAAAACCAUCCCUUUUGCAUGAACAGUUUCCACUUGAUGUUCAAUAACGCCCGGAUUCCUGGCAAUGGGAAAGACUCAAACGUUUUUUAUUCAUUGCAUGAACACAAUUAUAUCACUGUCGCAUUGAAGGGCAAUUUUUAUACUGUACGCACGCACAACGAUGAUGGGAAAGUGCUGGAGCCUGUCAACAUUUGGUAUCAGUUAUACGAGAUCACGACUCGGCUGAGUGGGCGUGUACAAGAGCUCACCAAUGCUGGCAUUGGGACGCUAACGUCGCAACCACGCAGUGAAUGGUACCAGUCAUACUCCGAAUUAAUGUCAAAUCCCAUGUCGAGGCGAUCGCUUGACGCAAUUCACCAGUCUUCCUUUAUGGUAUGCCUUGACUUGGACACUAGCCCUGUCUCUUGGGAAGAGAAGUCGCGGUUUGCCUGGCACGGGGAUGGUAUCAACAGAUAUUACGACAAGCCCCUGCAAUUCUUUGUGGCCAAAAAUGGUACUUCUGGAUUUCUCGCCGAGCAUUCCAAAAUGGACGGAACCCCUACCUUACUACUUAACGACUAUGUUUGCCGACAGCUCCGCAAUUUGGACGUGAAUACUUUUAUGGAUCAGUUGAAGCUCGAACCAUUUGUUGAAGCUAUUGGCGCUGAACAUCUACCAUUUUUAAUGACGCCCGCAAUUCGAGACCAAAUCAAACUAGCACACUCCAGGUUUUUAAGGGAAACCGCCGAACAUGAUUUGAAAGUAUGGCACUACAAUAGGUUUGGUAAAAAUGCUAUAAAGGCGUUUGGAUUCUCACCGGACUCUUUCAUUCAACAAGUGAUUCAACUUGCGGUUUACAAGUAUUUGCAAAAACAAGUACCCACCUAUGAAGCCGCAUCUACCAGACGAUUUUUUAAAGGCCGUACCGAAACGGGGCGGUCAGUUAGUGUGGAAUCUGCCAAAUUUGUGGCCGACUGGGAAGAUCCAGACGUUACAGACCACGAGAAGAUUACGAGCCUCCGAGCAUCUGCCACAGCGCAUACAGCGUAUCUCAAGACUGCCUCUGCAGGCCAUGGGGUUGACCGUCACUUAUUCGGGCUGAAAAAUAUGUUGCGCACCGACGAGGCUGUGCCAGACCUGUUCAAGGACUCUUUGUUCAAGUAUUCUUCCACAUGGCUGGUUUCUACAAGUCAACUGUCAUCUGAGUACUUCGAAGGCUAUGGGUGGUCACAGGUUAAUGAUAAUGGUUUCGGAUUGGCCUACAUGCUCAACAAAGAAUGGCUGCACAUCAACAUUGUCAACAAGCCCGCAGCCAGCGGGCUUAGUGUAUCAAAGCUACAUUACUUCUUGACUCAGGCGGCUGAUGAAAUGUUCGAACUACUAUCUAAGAGUGAACAACCGUCUUCUAAACUGUAA